UUCAAGAUCACUCCUCCGAUCGGGCAUUUGUGUCUCGGACCCUCUCUUCGUUCGAAGCGACGUCGGUACACCGAAGCGCUCCCCAUCUUUCGAUCUCACCGCGGCCCGCGUACGGUGCCAUCGCCGCCGGAAGAUUUCUUCCUCGGAAGCGGAAGACCUUUCCUUUUUCUUACUUGGAGUGACAGAAUCUCCUGGGCAGUAGAAUUUGUGUGCCUCCCGCGUUCUUUAGCUCAAACUAGAUUGCUCGAGACUAGAUUCAAGAUGGAAACCAGUUUUGAUCCUGAUCUUAUUCAUGCAAUUUUCAAGUUGGUUUGGAGCAGCUCAGCCGAGCGGGAUGAAGAAACUGAAGUUGUUGAUGUUGAGGUUGGUGCUGGGGCAUCCAACAAGAGUCGACCAACUACAGCUAAUCAUAGUGCUCUGAGUGUAAGCUGCGAACUUCUCCGGCUGUUCAUCACAGAGGCAAUUGAGCGCACUACUAUAAUUGCUGAAGCGGAGGGUACAAAUAAAAUUGAACCUACUCAUUUGGAGAGAAUUCUCCCACAACUCCUGUUGGAUUUUUAAGGUUUCAGAUAUCAAAUGAAGUUUGUGAGGGAGCUUGUCAUGCGUUUGAUUUGAAAUUGAAGACUUGCAGUUGGCUGUUC